AGAUUCCUAUUUCGAGAUUAAAAGAAGAAAUGCUAAGUGCACUGAAGCGUCUCAAAGAAAAGCAUCUUGAUCUUUUGACUAGCCCAAUUCAUCAUGGUAAGAAACAGGGGAAGUAUGGGUAUGGUCAAAGUUGGUCCAGCGGGAGAACUGGGAGAAUCAGGAACCUGUUGGGAUGAAAAGGGACGAGGAGAAGUAGCACAGAUUUUUGUUUCCUACAAUCAUAACACUAUUUGUACACUGCAGUUCCUUUUCUUUGAUGAGAAUGGCAAAUCCAUGUUGUCAAAGAGGCAUGGUGUUGAUGGUGGUGUAAACUUCAAUUCAGCUCUUUUUGAUUAUCCAUCAGAGUUUCUUACUUCCAUCAGUGGUUCAAUCCGAUCAUUGAGGAAUGGAGAUAGUAUCUUGAGCUUAAUAACAUUUGGAACCAGCAAGGGUUCCUAUGGACCAUUCGGGACAAUUUUAGCUGAUGCCAUAGACUUCAACUUUCAGAUAGGAAAUUAUCCUUCUUUUGGUGGUUUUCAUGGCAGUACAAAUAAUAGUCAUGGCAUUGAGAGUAUCGGGGUCUAUAUGAAGCCCAUCACAAUCUCCGUACUCAAUUCUAAAGAUUCUCCAUUUAAGUUUAGAAAGGAAGAAAAAGAUUCAUCCAUCUUCUACGAAUUUCUAAAUGAUAUUGGUAUUGUACCAAUGCUAUCAAAAUUGACUCAUGUUUUUAAGGUGAUCACUGGUGGAGUAGCAGAAGCAGCCCCAGCUGAGGAGAAGAAGGAAGAGAAAGAAGAGAGUGAUGAUGAUACGGGAUUCUCAGUGAUCCCCCCAGUCUUGAAAGGCUCUUAUUAUCAUCAAGCAAUGGCUGUUGCAUUCCACAAUCUUAACUCUGCCUCUGGCCUCAAGAAGCUUGAUGAGUACCUCUUGACUCGCAGUUACAUCUCUGGGUACCAAGCCUCAAAGGGUGAUAUCACUGUGUAUUCAUCUCUAGCUAAAGCCCCAUCUGCUGAAUAUGUUAAUGCAUCUAGGUGGUACAAGCACAUCGAUGCACUUUUGAGAAUCUCUGGUGUAUCUGGGGAAGGCGCUGGUGUUGCUGUAGAGGGGUCUGCACCAAUCACUGAAGAGGCAGUGGCAACUGCCCCUGCUGCUGACGCUAAGACCUCAGCUGCUGACGAAGAAGAAGAUGAUGAUGAUGUCGACCUGUUUGGUGAGGAAACUGAAGAGGAAAAGAAGGCUGCUGAAAAACGUGCUGCAGCAGUGAAGGCUUCAGGAAAGAAGAAAGAAUCUGGCAAGUCCUCAGUUCUCUUCGAUGUCAAGCCAUGGGAUGAUGAGACUGACAUGAAAAAGCUUGAAGAAGCUGUUCGAAGUGUUCACUUGGAAGGAUUGACUUAUGGAGCAUCUAAACUUGUUCCCGUUGGUUAUGGUAUUAAGAAGUUGCAAAUUAUGCUUACCAUUGUGGAUGACUUGGUCUCUGUGGAUGAUCUCAUUGAGAAUUAUCUCACUGUUGAACCUAUCAAUAAGUAUGUUCAGAGCUGUGAUAUUGUUGCUUUCAACAAAAUAUGAAUUCUGUUA